AUGAAGGAGACUGCUAAGGAACUAAGGAAGGCUGAAGAACUCCGGGGAGGCAGAAUGACAAAUGACUAACCACUGCAGGGCCGCUCCGCAGGGUCCGUUCAUCCGUCAUUCAUGCUUCCAUCCAUCCUGAGAAGACUCGGGGUAGUAUUACCCCGAGCCAUCGCGACUCAGCCGAAGGGGGGAGGGGGCAGGGGAGAGGUUUUCACGGGCUGCCCCUCGACGCGGAGCAGCUCGUAUGCUUUCAAAUAUGGCCCCUUCGCCCCCUGAGAGAAAUUGGUUUCUCCUCUCUGAUUGUUAUUCUUUCUCAAGCAUCCGAGAUCUUGUUCCUCCUACCUUUUCUGCCAGAAUACCGUCAGCAUGGGCUCUAUCGGACCUUUCCCCCGCAUCAAAGAAAUCCGCACCUUCAUCAUUGAUGGGGUGGGAUCUGGAGGUGACUACCAUAAUGUCAAGGGAGGCCACUGGCUAAUUGACAGCAACAUCUCCACCCCCAUGACUCGCUGGGCACAAUACCGUGGCUCCCGCACAUCAUGGGGCAUCAACGUCUUGGGCUCCUUCUGCGUCGAGAUUGAGGCUACCGACGGAACCAAGGGAUUUGCCACUGGAUUCGGUGGCCCUCCGGCUUGCUGGCUGGUCCAUCAACACUUUGAGCGUUUCUUGCUUGGUGCAGACCCGCGGGAUACCAAUGGUCUAUUUGAGAAGAUGUAUCGGGGUUCAAUGUUCUACGGCCGAAAGGGUCUCCCCGUUGCCGUCAUAUCGGUGAUUGAUUUGGCUAUUUGGGACCUAUUGGGCAAGAUUCGCAACGAGCCCGUCUACAAACUCAUUGGCGGAGCGACUCGCUCGCGCCUGGACUUUUACUGCACAGGCCCGCAGCCCGCGUCCGCCAAGGCAAUGGGCUUUUCGGGAGCCAAGGUCGCCCUUCCCCAUGGUCCGGACGAGGGUACAAAAGGACUGUUGAAGAACGUUGAUUACCUCCGUAAGCAGCGGGAGUCAGUCGGCCCCAACUUUCCAUUGCGUGUCGACUGCUAUAUGUCCCUGAACGUCCCCUACACAAUCGAGCUCGUCAAGCGUUGCGAGGCAGAAGGCAUCAACAUUGAUUGGUGGGAAGAGUGUUUGACUCCCGACGACUUUGAUGGCCAUGCGCUCUUGAAAAGAGCCCACCCCACCGUCAAGUUCACCACUGGAGAACACGAGUACUCACGGUACGGUUUCCGAAAGCUCGUUGAGGGUCGCAACUUGGAUAUUAUCCAACCCGAUGUUAUGUGGGUCGGCGGCAUGACGGAGCUGCUGAAGGUCUCGGCGCUUGCUAGCGCCUAUGAUAUCCCAGUUGUCCCUCAUGCAUCUGGGCCUUACUCGUACCACUUUGUGGUGUCGCAACCCAACACACCAUUUCAGGAAUAUCUAGCCAACUCUGCCGACGGAAAGACCGUUGAGCCCGUCUUCGGGAACAUGUUCCUUAACGAGCCCAUCCCAACCCAGGGAUAUCUCGACGUUUCGAUUCUGGACAAGCCGGGCUUCGGGCUUGAGUUGAACCCGGCUGCUCCCCUCAUUCCUGCAGCGUCCAUCCUCACUCCGGCUCCUCAAAAAGUAUUGGUUGCUCCAGUUGAGAGCCAACCGGAAUCUAAUGGCACGGCUUAAGCAGUAUAUGUCAUUGGGAUAUCGAUUGUUUUGAUUCGCAGGCUGCUAGACGGCAUUUUCUAUUUGUAGUUCUUUGGCCCCGACAAGCAUGUGUACAUGAAUUCUGCUUCAUUUUUAGCUUCCAGAAUGAUAGAUAGGGAGGGACAAUGGAUCCUGGACGUGACUUGAAC